AUGUUCGACUACUGUACUAUUUUAGGUAAGGUUGCGACGAGCGAUUGAAAAAAGGAAGCAAGACGACGAGAGUGACCGCGUUUGUUCUCGUCUUUCUCCAUCCGCGUAAGCGAGUCGACAACGGUGAUUACUGUUAGAUCAAACCUUUACCAACGUCAUUUGUAGCUUCUGGGGCUAAAUUAGCUUGAUAGCUGCUAACAAAGAGAGGCGGAAGUGAUCAGCACAUCGCCAGCAGUGAUCGUGUGAGUGUAAAGCGUUGUGAUUGUGUGGAAAUGUGUAAAGUAAAAAUGUUGAGAACGUUGGUGAAACAGCGACUACCUGCUGUUUAGAAGAAAUAUUUGUCGUGUUGGAAAGAAGGAUAGUACGAGGAGGAACUUUCUCGAACGAAAGAGGAGGACAAACGACAACGUCAACUGCUUGAAGAACAUCAUCCCCUGAGAAGCAGGAGUGGAGCUCCAGGAUGGAAAUGGAGGAGCCACAGCCCCCCCACAUUAAAAAGGAAGAGGAGGAGCCACAGCUCCCCCACAUUAAACAGGAAGAGGAUGGGCCACAACUCUCCCACAUUAAAGUGGAAGAGCUGGAGCCACAGCCCCUCCACAUUAAAGAGGAAGAGGAGGAACACAGCAUCAGUCAGAAAAAAGAACUUCUUGAAGGAUCGAAUGAGCUCCCAGUGAUUGCUGGCAUUGUGAAGAGUGAAGUCAAAGGUGAAAGUGAGGAGAAGAGCGAGGUGGAGCCUCCAAGCAGCAGCUCAACUCAACACAUGACAACAGAAGCUGAUGGAGGAUCACAAGCAGGAAACCUCUUAGCUCCACUAUCAGAUAGUGACGACACAACGUCACACUCUCCUGACACUGAUGAUGAAGACUCUAAAGCUGAUAUGACAUGUCACACUGACAACACACACUUGAAAUGCGCUCACUGUGACAAAACUUUUCAUCACCGUAGUGCUCUGAAAAUACACAUGAGAAGCCACACCGGAGAGAAACUAUUUGCAUGCUCAUUUUGUCACCAAACAUUCUCUCGGAAGUCAACUUUGAUAACACACACAAGAAGACACACCGGAGAGAAACCUUUCACCUGUUCCGUGUGUGGUAUAGGUUUUGUACGAAAUCAACAUUUGAUAGCACACAUGAGAACACACACUGGGGAGAAACCUUUUAUCUGUUCAGUCUGUGGUAUAGGUUUUAGACAAACUCAUAGUUUGAAAACACACUUGAAAAAACACACUGGCGAGAAACCUUUUUCCUGUUCAAUCUGUGGUAUCAGUUUUGUACAAAAUCAGGUGUUAAAAAAACACAUGAGAAAACACACUGGUGAGAAACCUUUUUCCUGUUCAGUGUGUGGUGUACGUUUUGUACACAAUGAGUUGCUGAAAAGACACAUGAGAAAACACACUGGGGAAAAACCUUAUUCCUGUUCCGUCUGCGACAAAAGUUUUGUAGACCGGACAACACUUGUAAAACACACAAGAAUACACACUGGAGAAAAACCGUUUACUUGUUCAGAGUGUGGUAAAGGUUUUGUACAAAAUCAGAAUUUGAAAAGACACAUGAGAAGACACACUGGAGAGAAAGUGUUCAAUUGCAGUGUGUGUGAUGAAAGAUUCUCUUAUAAGUACCAGCUUAACAAUCACACGUGUGCUGGUGAGAACAGCAGCAGUAAAUGAAGCUGCAGGACUUGAAAUAAACUGACAAGACUUUGAUAACGUUCACUUUCUAACGACAUCACCACACAUUGUGUGUGACAUCAUUCCUGUGUAUGUGUCACACAAUCUUUUUACCUUUGAAGAAAUGUAUAAGGAAAGACAAAAUAAAAUAUAAAUUAGCCAAUGAUACCACUUCUUUAAAGACCAAAACCCCAAAGCUAUCGAAUGCCUUUAGGUAUAGGAUUCAGCCUAUAUGUCCCUGGGGUCGGGACCCAAAAGUGGGUCGCGGGUUUAUAAAAAAUAAUGUAAUUACCGGUUGUUUGUGAUAUGUGUUAUACUAUUUGCUUGCUGCGCCACCACAGGGUGCAUGCUAUGUUUCUGGUCGACUUUGUCAAGUUUGAGCGGGAAGGGAAGGAAAUCAACGGGGACUUAACAUUCUGUUCGUCCGACACACAUGUAGCUAUAAUUGUACCAAAAAUAUUUAACUUUUACAAGUCAUUUUUAAAUAAUGCACUCCUGACGUUAUUUUUUGUCUUGUUUAUUGCAUCUGUAUUUUAUUAUGUAUUUGUAAGUAACAUUUUUUUAUUCUGUUGUUUACUAUAUUAUUGACAUCUGUAUUUGCGUGGGAAAAGACAGCAACACACACUGCGCAUGCGUGGGUGGCCAUGUUCGACUACUAUGUACUAUUUUCGGUAAGGUUACAACGAAAUGAUGAAAAAAAAGGAAGCGAGACGACGAGAGCGUGACCGCCUUUGUUCUUUCUUUUCUCCAUAUUCCGCGUAAGCGAGUCGACAACGUUAAUUACGGUUGAGCUAAAACUUCUCUCAGCGUCGCUUUGUAGCUUCUUGGACUAGCUUAGCUUGCUAGCUGCUAACAAAGAGACGCGGAAGUGAUCAACACAUCGCUAAGCAGAGAUCAAGUGUGAGUGUAAAGUGUUGUGAUUGUGUGAAAAUGUGUAAAGUUCGAAUGCCACGAAGGUUUGUGAAUCAGCGACUAACUGCGGCUGUUGAAGAAAUAUUUGUAGUGUUGGAAAGAACGAUAGCAGAGUACGAGGAGGAACUUUGUAGAACAAAAGAAGAGAACGAGCGACAACGUCAACUAGGAAGCAUCAAGCUGUGUUACACAGAGCAUGUUUGUUUGACUCUUACUCUCGUAUGUUUACUAACAUUACAUUUAGUCAUUAACAUUAUUCGUUAAAAACGUUCUUUACCUCUCGGUAAAUUUAUUUCGUAGACUCCUCAUAUGGAUAAUGUAUUGCUUUGUGCAAAAAAGGUGAAGUCCUAAUAACAACAUACUUUAUUAUACAAGCUGUUAGAUAUUCAUAUUUGGAGCCGCAUAUUUGAGACCUAACUCCUUUUUUGAAGCAUCUGUUUGUCUUGUGUCCUGCAGACGUCAGGAAAGAAGAUCUUCCUCCUGAGCAGCUGGAGUGGAGCUCCAGGAUGGAGCAGGAGGAACCACUGUCCCCCCACAUUAAAGAGGAAGAGGAGGAACCACAGCCCCUCCAUGUUAAAGAGGAAGAGGAGGAACACAGCAUCAGUCAAGAGAGAGAGCACCUUGAAGGAUUGGAGGAGUUCCCAGUGAUUGCUGUCAUUGUGAAGAGUGAAGAUGGUGAAGACAAAGGUGAACGUGAGGAGAGGAGAGAGGUGGAGCCUCCAAGCAGCAGCUCAACUAAACACAUGACAACAGAAGCUGAUGGAGACCGCUUCUUAGCGCCACUAUCAGAUAGUGACGACACAACGUCACACUCUCCUGACACUGAUGAUGAAGACUCUAAAGCUGAUAUGACAUGUCACACUGACCACAAACGGUUUCAGUGCUCUCACUGUGACAAAACUUUUAAUCACCGUAGUACUCUGAAAAUACACAUGAGAAGUCACACAGGAGAGAAACCAUUUGCUUGCUCAUUUUGUCGGCAAACGUUCUCUCGAAAGUCAACUUUGAUAACACACACAAGAAGACACACAGGGGAGAAACCCUUUGCCUGUUCAGUGUGUGGUAUAGGGUUUGCACGCAAUCAACAUUUGAUAGCACAUAUGAGAAUACACACCGGAGAAAAACCUUUUACCUGUUCUGUCUGUGGUAUAGGUUUUGGACAAAAUCAUAGUUUGAAAACACACAUGAGAAAACACACCGGUGAGAAACCUUUCUCCUGUUCUAUCUGUGGCAUUGGUUUUGUACAAAACCAACUGUUGAAAAGACACAUGAGAAAACACACUGGGGAAAAACCAUAUUCCUGUUCAGUCUGCAGCAAAAGCUUUUUAGACCGAACAACACUUGUAACACACAUGAGAAGACACACUGGUGAGAAAGUGCUGAGUUGCAGUGUGUGUGGUGAAAGAUUCUCUUAUAAGUACCAGCUUGACAAUCACAAGUGUGCUGGUGAGAACAGCAGCAGUAAAUGAAGGGGCUGGACUUGAAAUAAACUGUCAAGAUUUUAACUUUGACGUUCUAACAGCACCACAUAUAACGUGUGACAUCGUUGUGUGUGCAGUCUUGUUAAUAAGUUUUGAUCAUUUAAAUGUGUAUCUGUAUGGAAAAUGCAUGGCUGGAUUGUCAUUUAAGUACAAUAAAAAUAGAGGAAGUGAAAAACAGAAGUGAAA